AUGAAGAAGAAUGAGGAACGCGGUGAUAACCACAACGAGAAGAAGCGCAUGAUGAUGAGGAGGAAGAACAUUUCGAGGUUGGGCGGAGGGGGGCUUUCGCUCGACACCUUCGCCAAUGCAAAAUCAAAGAACAAUCACUAUAACCCAGCUCUCAUAAAGAAGCAAAGGGAGUUCUACAAAAAUGCUAAGAAUGUGAAUAAGUUUAAGAAAUUGUUGAAGCAGCAAAACCAGCAGAAUGGACCCACCUUGCCGCAGGGACAUGAAGAGAAUGUAAAUGAAACCGACGAGUACAAGGACAAAAGUGAGGAGAGGAGGAGGAUGAAGAGCAGUGCUUUUAGUUUGGAAGAACUGUACAAAAAGCAGCAUGAAGAGAAAGAGAAAGAAAGAAUGGAGAGAGAGGCAGUCCUGAGGGUAAAGAAGGAAGAGAGAGAACAAGCUGAAGGUCGGAGAAAGACUAUGCGGGAAAAAAUGCUUAAGAAGACCCGAAGAGGGCAGCCUGUUAUGAAAUACAGAAUUGAGCAUCUUUUGGAGACUAUUCAGGGGUCAACUAAAAAUGCAGCUGGCAGCAAAUCCUGA